UUAAGACAUUGGCUGGAAGCAAGAUGGCAACGCACGACGACCGAAAUUUUCGGUCCACCUACUACGAGAAAGUGGGAUGUCGCAGCGUGGAAGAGAAAAAGUCGCUCGAUAUCCUUUUAAAAGAGAAACCAUUGGAUAAAGUUAAGCUAAAACAAUUUUGUCUGAGGUUUUCCGUGCCUUCCGCCUACAGAAACAUCGUCUGGAAGUUGCUUCUUGAUGUUUUACCGAUUUACGUCGAUUGCCAUACAUUUAUAAUGCAACAGAGGAAAGAGGAAUAUUCUGAUUUGUACAGGACGCUACAGAUCUUGAGAGUCGUGGACCCGAUGAUCCACAGACCGCAAAGCUUCUAUGCUAUGUGGCUGCUGCAGACAGGUCAAUUGCAUUUUAACACCAACGUUAUGAAGGAACACAGCUUCGUGCAUCUGGUGCAAUCUUUCAUGCAAUUCUUCGACGACGACGCCGACAUAUUUUGGCUUACUUCCUUCUUCUACAAUCACAUUCAGAAGAACAAAUCUGAAUACGGUAAAUUGGCAGAGUGCACUUGGGGAUUUCUAGAACGCGAAGACGUUGCGCUUUAUAAGCAUUUGUUGAAGAUCAGAGGAAAUGGGGAGUUACCUCUUGAGAAAUGGUUUGAUAGUUGCUUUGCUGGAGUUCUCAAUGAAAAUGCACUAGGAAAGAUUUGGGACAAAAUAUGUGGAGGGUCAUACAAAAUUAUGUCAUUUCUUGUGGUAAAUCUCUUCAUGAAUCAAAAACAUAGGCUAUUGAAAUGCAUUGAUACCAAAGCAGUUAUAGAGUGUCUCAAGAAUAUACCAGAAGAAACUGCUGAAUUGAUUGCUACAAAAUCUAUUGAUAUGUGGCAACAGAAUGGAAGCCCAUUAACCAUCUACGACAAACCGAAAAUCUAAGUCUGAAUUAUAUCUAUUAUCGAUUAUUUUUAUUUAAAACAAAAUGCCAUCUGCAAAUAAUAAAUAAAAUCCUAAAUGCAAA